CGGACGAGGAAAUGCUCGAGGCCAUUCCGGUGAUGCCCAGAAUGCAGGUUUGUUAGGGUCUAGCAAGAGUGUAGAUCUCUUGUUACCGCUGUCCCUUGAAAGAGGCUACUAGUGCUUUAUCUCGUUUGGUCCUGCGAGGCUUUCGCACUACAUCUGCAGAGCUUCCUACCACGCCAUAUGUGCUGCAAGGAUGAGAUUCAUCGCUGUCGUGGCAGCAAUCGUGCUCACACUGUUACCAAUCUUGUCCGCCGCUUAUAGCGAGCACCUAUCUGUGAAAUCCACAAGCGGACUGAUUAUCGGACAUCGCGCUCCCAACCGGACAAAUACUUUCGAGUUCUUGGGAGUCAAGUACGGGAAGGCUCCGGUCGGCAGCCUUCGAUUCGCGCCGCCACAACGAUAUACUGCGCCAUCGAGCACGGUAUACAAUGCUUCAAACUGGAACGCUGAUUGCCCUGCAAAUAUUCCACCACAAACUACGUUUCCGAACUUCACGGGCAAUGGUCUGCGAAUUUGGAAUGAAUUCGCCGCUCAUCUUAACAAUAUCCAGGAUGAAGACUGCCUAGCGCUCAAUAUUUGGACCAAGUCACCAUCGAGUAUCGGCUCCUCAAGCAAGCCCGUCUUCGUCUUCUUUCACGGCGGGCGGUAUACGAUUCCCGGCCCUCAUAGUCCGUUCUAUAACGGCCAAUACUUCGCAGAUACUGAGGAUGUUGUAGUCGUCACCGUCAACUACCGUUUGGGCAUCUUCGGCUUCUCAGGCGCUCCCGGUCUCGUGCAGAAUACGGCGUUGCUCGACCAGCGGUCUGCCGUUGUUUGGGUACGCGACAAUAUUGCUGGCUUUGGUGGUGACCCGUGCCGCAUCGUCAUCUUCGGGCAGUCCGCCGGAGGCUCCUCGGUCGACUACUGGCCGUUUGCCUACCGGCAUGACCCGAUUGUGGCAGGCUUGAUCUCCCAUUCCGGCACGGCAUUUAGUUUCGUGCCGAACAGCGUCAACUACUCGCAGACGCUCUUCUACAAUGUCAGCAACGCACUAGGUUGUGGUAACGUUGGUACCGACCCAGCGGAGGCUGUGUCAUGCGUGCGUAGCAAGAACUUCACAGCCGUCUUGAACGCUGCGGCGCGAAAUGUUACCGCUCUGCCGACCGAAGCCCUUGCUCAAGCAACCUUCCACCCGACCGUGGAUAAUGUAACGGUAUUCGCAGACUACGCACCACUAGCGAGUGCAGGGGCCUUCGCCAAGGUGCCAUAUUUGGCCGGCAACGCUGACUACGAAGCUGGAUGGUACCGCAUUAGCGCCUACGCUGCUAAUCUCACCCUGUCCCAAGCUGCCUGGGAGCUAUUCGUGCAGCGUGGCUUCACCUGCCCCACCAAGUACUCGCUCGAUGCCCGCGUAAAGUACGGCGUGCCGACGUGGCGUUACCGUUACAUGGCCGACUGGGACAAUCUCCGCCUCUAUAAUGCGUCAGCAGGCUACCCAGACUCCGGCGCCUAUCAUGGCAGUGACAUGGAGAUGAUCUUUGGCACUGGCUACGAUGUCAGCGGCCACAAUAACUCGUUAGAAGAGGAGCUCACGACGCGAUACUUCAUGACCGCUUGGGCUGCGUUUGGCCGGAGCCCAACACAUGGUCUGAACAUCGUAGGUUGGCCGAGGUACAAAGCGAACACGACAAGUCUGGCAAGAUUGGGGUACGAGAACCAGGCUAUACUGAAUUUUGUGGACCCGACCGUGUAUGAUGCUGUUUGUCCGCCAGCGAGCCAGAAUGCUUCGUUACCCGGGCGCGGUGGCUUCUGAAGUUCAGUAGUGUACAAAUUGCCAGGGCCAGUUUCAGUCUAUAUAUCAGUGAUGCUUCAAAGGCU